AUGAGGAUUCCCAUUGCUGUGCAGCUUGGGCUGCUGGUAUUGCUGACUGCGGUCUCGGGGGUCGCGGUCCUAGCCAUCGCAACGUGGUUCACUACCUAUAACUUUGUUGUGGAUGUCGAAUCGAAGGGCCUCGAACUUGUCGCGACCACCAAGGCCAGUCAGAUCGCUUCAAAUUUGGACCUUCUCGAAACAACCUGUAAAACCAUCGCCACACGAAUUCUAAUCCAAUCAGCCUUGAAACGGUAUUAUGCGGGAAACAAUACCGACGAGAACUGGACCAAUUCCAAAGCGGAUGUUCAAUCGGCCCUCGGUAGUCGAGGAUAUUUGGAUCUUUACCAGGCUAUCAUUUAUUCAAAGAACGGUCAUGGGGGACACAUGACCUUGCUAAACCAGACCAGUGACACUGCUCCGGAUAUCACCCUUCCAUAUUCGUACCCGAACGGGACUUCUGUGCAAUUGGGAAAUGACGGACUGGGCUACCCUCCUUCUCUGUACCCAAAUCUGACGUACCAGGGCGGACCAGGUGCUAACGACUCUGCGGUUGUCCAUCCAUUCCCUGAUUAUGUGCUUGGAUUGGACUCGGCACUCCUUCUUGGUCCAUUGAAAGUCAACAAUUCCUUCUCCCUCUUGUCAUUGACUUUGCCUAUUGUCAACAACACAUCAGAUACAGAAAUCUUGGGCUUUAUAACUAUUGUUGCUAGCGCCGCGAACUUACAGGGUGUGGUUAGCUCGCGCGAUGGGCUGGGAAAUACCGGCCAAGUUCUCCUCAUUGGACCUUCACGACCAGCAAACAUCUUCCCUUCUAGUGAGCAACCCGCAACAUCUACAUCUGGCGCCCGUGUCGCUGGUCUGAGUGGAGCGCGGGUUCACUACGUCUUCGAGCCUACCCCUUUGCCCACCCAAGUCAGCCGGCAUAGCGGCAUGUCGACCGAUACGCCGUUUGUUCUUUCUACAUAUCCGAUGGCUCUACAAGUCAUGUUACAGUCGUACCAGAGCGCGGGCAAUGCUAUCAGUGAUCUGUCGGCUCGAAACGAGCGAGGAGCAAGCGUUGCCGUUGGCGCAGUUCGCCUGCAAAGCACACUCGCCGAAUGGGUUCUUCUCGUAGAAGAGACUCACGCAGAAGCAUUUUCAGCAGUUUCCAGAUUACGGAAGAUAAUUCUUGCAUGCGUUUUUGGCACAGCGGGCGCUAUUCUCCUCUUAGUCCCUCUCUUGACUCACUGGGCAGUUGCUCCCAUCCGAAGAUUACGCGCAGCAGCCCAAAAGUCCGUCGAGCCCGAGAUUAUACCACACCGUCUCGGCUCGGGGCCACAACGGAUUGAAUUCGAAGCCGACGAUGAACAGGGCGAUUCAUUUGAGCGAAUAGUGGAACACAUGGAUGAGAAAAGCUCUCCUGGCACGUGGGCGAAACGCCUCCGACGCCCCUUGGGGCGAUUCAACAGUUCCGCAACCGUCCACACUGCAAAGACCUCCCGGGGCUUCCAGAUACCGGCCAGGGUCAAGGAAAGAAGACAUUGCGUCACCGAUGAGCUCACGGAGCUGACGAAAACUUACAAUGAGAUGUCGGAUGAGCUUACAAUUCAGUACAACCGGCUAGAAGAGCGAGUGGCUGAGCGCACCAGAGAGCUUGAAAAGGCCAAAUUGGCUGCGGAGACUGCCAACGAGACUCAAAACCCCCUCAAUGGAAUCCUCGGAAUGUGUGCUGUGUGUAUGGGCGAGGAGGACCUGUCCCGAAUCAAAAAGUCGCUUCAAGUGGUCUAUCAGUCGGGCGAUCUUCUUCUGCACCUCUUGAACGAUUUGCUCACAUUCAGCAAGAAUCAAAUUGACCAGGCUAUCCAGAUCGAGGAAAAGGAGUUCAAGUUGUCUGAUGUUCGAGCGCAACUGGCUAUCAUCUUCCAAAAUCAAGUCAACGAGAAGAAUAUUGACUUCAGCGUCAACUUUGUGUCUGGUGGAGUGAUCGAGCCAAAAGGCACUGUAUGUCGCGAAAACGGAUUGGAGCGCAGCUAUUCAGGUUUGGGCUCAACACAGCCUGGCAGAAUGGCAGACAUGGUCCUCUGGGGCGAUCAACAUCGAAUCCUCCAGGUACUCAUCAAUUUGGUCAGUAACAGUCUCAAAUUUACACCUGAGAAUGGGAAAGUAGAAGUUCGCAUCCGCCUUGUGGACGAGCCCUUGAGACUCGAGACCCAUGACCCGGCUUUGAAAGAUACGACUCGAUACAACUCGCGACUACGAUCACACACCGGCUCGAGCGUCAACUCAUCGAUGCAAGGGACUGCGGAUACAACCGAGGGUCAAACCAAGGGACAACGGGUGUCACUGUCCAAUCUUCGCCAGCUUAACUUCCAGUUUGAAGUUCAAGAUAACGGGCCAGGUAUUCCUGCCCAUCUCCACCGGCGUAUAUUUGAUCCUUUCGUCCAAGGUGACUUAGGAUUGAAUCGGAAAUACGGUGGAACUGGCUUGGGUCUCAGCAUCUGUGCUCAGUUAUCACGUAUUAUGGGAGGUGACAUUCUGCUAGACAGCGAAGAAGGCAAAGGAUCUCUUUUCACUUUGAAAAUCCCCCUGGGGUAUGUCAAAGAAGUGCCCCCAAGCACACAUGCUUCGAGCAUCCCAGGAUCGCGGACUCCUAGUGUCUUGUCCUUGGAAGACUUCUCCCACGCCGCGCGAACACCCUCAAAUCACGGAUCUGUCAGGAACGAAACCCCUGCGCCUGGGUUCGAGAAAUCGGAAAUUCAACCUCGUUUGGUGGGACUGAGCCAACCAUUCUUCACACCGACCGUUCCCUCACCUCCUGCAUCAGCACCGAGCAAUCUUUCAUCCAAGAAAAGCUCAUCCGACACGAAAAGGAUCCGUGUGUUGGUUGCUGAAGAUAACACUGUGAACCAGGAAGUAGUUCGACGGAUGCUUGCGCUGGAGGAGGUCUAUGAUGUGACAAUUGUCAAAGACGGCCAGGAGGCCUACGACACCGUUAAAUCAAAUAUGGAAAAGGGAGAUGUGUUUGAUCUAAUCUUUAUGGAUAUCCAAAUGCCGAUCCUCGAUGGUCUCGAGAGCACCCGACUUAUACGACAGAUGGGCUACUCCGCGCCCAUUGUCGCAUUAAGUGCUUUUGCAGAAGAAAGCAACAUCAAGGACUGUAUGGAUUGUGGAAUGGAUAUGUUCAUAAGUAAACCUAUUCGAAGACCUGCGUUGAAGCAAGUCCUUAGCAAAUUUUCUACCAUCAUUGAGGAGGCCGAAACCGGCCCUUGA